AUGAGCGGCGAGCAUGGAGGGGCACAAGACCCCAGCGAGCUCGAUGGGAGGAGGAUGGACAUUGACAUGGCCUACGACAUCCUGGGGUUCGAGAAGUAUGACGUACCAACGCGCAAAGAUGUCACGACCCGGCGAGUAGACGAGAGCUCAUGUUGGUACAGGGAGAGGAUGAAAAUUCACCAUCCCGACAAGAGUGGAGACGCCGGAAACAAAGUCGCAAUGAUGCUGAACCAGGCACGCGACUUCCUCUCGGCUGUCCUGUCGGAUGAACCUUGUGAUCAACUGAACGCCCCGAGGCUGCCGGAAAGAUAUCUGCAUCUGGUGAUCAAACACCUGGACAAGGAGAUUGAGUUGAGGGUUUCGAGCGAAUCCUUGGUGGGCCAAGUGAAGGAAACCAUCGCGUCAGAGGUUCAGGUUCCGGCGCAAGAGCAGAGGUUGUACAGCGUACACAGUGGCAUCGAACUGCAUGAUCUCAGAAGAUUGGGAAGCUACAGCUGGAUGCUCCCGAAGCCAAUGCUGAAAGACAUUUUGAGGUCAAAACCAUCACACGCAAAUUUGCAGCAACAUGAGGUCGAGAAUGCCUUCUCAAUCUUCACCGAAGAGAUGUACCUGAGGGUUCGUUGCUGCUGCCACAAGCAGGUCCUGAUGUGA